AUGACCGAUAACCUCAACCCACCGUCAAUCGUAAUGAAUGCUCCAGAGGGGACUCCGAAGCUAACAGAUUUGUGUGUAGAUGAAGCGGCCGUCGCUGACUCGUUUCCGUUGAAGAGGCUCCCCGACGAGCUCCUCCUCCAGGUCGUCGCCCAAGUCCCCGAAGUCGUUCUUCAUAACCUCAGCUUGGCUGCCAGACAUAUCGGCUCCAUGGCGCAGGAGGCACUCCAUGGAUACCCCACGAUCUCUUACACCGACAAUGCCAUGCCGCGACAAAUUGCCCGACUGGCUCACACCCUCUUCAGUCGUCCUGACCUAGCACGCGCAGUAGCCCAACUCACGCUGCGGCCCAUCAUCCAUCUUGUCGAGAUCCCAUUCACCACAUUGUCCGCGGCUGGCAAUCCAGUACUCCAGGGCUUCUUCCAGCACACACGCGUGUAUAUGGGCGAGACACAGAUUGCGGCACUCCUCCUUGCUUCUCUCCCGAACUUGAAAGAGCUCGAUCUGCAAAUCAUCUCCAACGGUAGCCUGCAUGAGCUCGACAGCGGUCGUUAUGGCCAUGCAUGUAGCGUACAGUGCAGGCUUCCAGUCAAGGCUGGGUCACACCCCCUCGAUAUCGCCAUGAACCCAGGAUUGAAGGCGCCCCGGAAGCUGCAUCUGCAUGCUCGUCAUAUCAGCUGGGAUUGGCUGGCGUUGUCUUGCCUGAGGGCUGUCACCCUUGGCCUUCACUGUAGCGUCGAUUGGGAUACUGCAUCAGCAGGUGUCUCCAGGGUUGAAGAACUGGUGCUGAAUCUGACCACCGAGGUCUUUCUUAACGACGACCGGAGAUACAAAGAUCUACCCAAACUCUUUCAGCGAAUGCCCUGCCUGCGAUCGCUCACCAUCAACAUCAGCAACAAGUGCUUAGCUCCAGGGCCAAAUCAGAUCGAGGCUGAUAUUCUUGGGAAUGAUGCGCGGGGAAGCAUGGAAAUCCUCAUCGAAACUAUGGCUGCAGUAUCGCAGACACUAGAAGUGCUGUGCAUCAAGAAAGCCGGCACAGAUCCGCAUUGCUUCAAGUACCUGGAGCCGGUAACAAGCCUGGCCCACUUCAACCAAAUGAAGCACCUUCAAAUACCCAUUGAAGGAGUUUUGGAGCGUGGCCUGGUGUCGAGGAAGAGAAUUGGGGAGAUACUGCCAGACAGGCUUGAACAGUUGCGCCUCUCAGGCCUAUCUGUAGAAGCCAUGAAGAGGUUGGAAGAUGUGUCCUCGGAAGAUGCUAGUCUGGCGUUCCCGGCCUUGUCGGGAUGA